CAUUUCGUUCGUAUAUACUUUCCAAAAACCUUUCAAAAAGAAAAUCUGGAAAAAAAAAUAAUUGUAAAUACCUUAACAAGUUGAAAUACACAGUAUAUCAAAAUGGGCAGAUCGUUUGAACCAAAACAAAUGCUAGUUGUUGAUCCCCCAUCAGAAAUCGUAUUUGAGGGACCCUUCAAUCGCGCAGUGUGCAAGAAAGUUAUGGUUUUUAAUCCGUGCAAUUAUCGAGUUGCAUUUAAAUUGAAGACGACCACGCCGCGUUUGUUUUUUGUCCGUCCCAAUGUGGGGCUUAUCAAACCCAACGAAAGUUUCACCAUAGAUAUAUUCAUGCAUCCACUUGUUUCCAACUCGAGUGCGCUGCGCAGCAAUCAUAAGUUUCUAAUGCAGGCGGUAGAGGCGAACGAUUUUGUGCCGGACUUACACUCCUUCUGGAGAUCAAUCAAUCCAGCAUCUAUCUGGGACACAAAGAUCAAAGUCAAAUUGAUUGAAGGCAAGACUGAUGUUCAGCAGACUGGCUCGGAUCAAGAGCAUGGCAAUGGAGAGCACCAAGAUACAGACGUUAACGAUCCAUUGGGACUACUUCUUAAGCAGGUUAACACUUUGGAGGAGGAAAAACAAUCCCUAUUGAAACAGGUAGAAACUUUAGAUAAAGAAAACGAAGAGAAUAAGCAAACGACUAUUAAGCUUCAGCGGAUGAAAGGACCAGGAUUUGGAUACUUUGUUGGAUUUCUUUUAAUGGUGGCAUUGGCGUUUGUCGCUGGCGGCUUUUUGGCCACGAACUACACUUAAAAAUACACUUGUUGGGGACAUUGCACAAUACAUGACGUAUAACACAUUGGACUUAAACAUACACAUUGGCAAAUAGAAAUUUAAAUGUUAAUUAAAAUAAAUAAAUCUGACAACUAGAAUAUAAGACGAA